AUGACCCACUUUUCACGGUAAGUUUUUUUUUCUAGUAUAGCAACAUCGAUUACUGAUUGUGCAGAAGAAAAAACAAUGGUGUGAUUCCAGAUUUUUAUUUAUAACAUCUAAAAAUCCUGCAAGAAAACUUUCCAAAAUCUUCCUCAAGACUGUUAAUUUUUUAUUAGACAUAUAAUUAUUUUUCACUUAGUAAUAAAAGACAGUUCGGAACGGUCACUAGCGAAAGAUGCCAACCAAGCGAGAGAGAAAUAAAAGACGGAACUAGCUAUUUAUUUAAUAUUAAUUAAUUAGUGUAAUCCAUUGUAACCGUUAUUAGUUUUUCAUAUUAUUACCAUAUACUCUCAUUAACGCAAAUAACGGAAUGAAAUAAUGUUAAACGCUUUCUCUGAAGCUUAAAUCACUAUUUAUUCGUUUAUUUAAUCAAUUCAUUAUUUAAUUAAUCACAAGAAGUAUGAUAACUAUUAUAGUAAGAGUUUGAUAAGGUCAGUUUAAGCAUUUGAUGGACCAUUAUGGACAAUAUGGCUUCGAAUGUGACCUUGAGAAGCAAUAAACAACGGAAAGAUAACCUGAUAACCAGGAAGCAGGAUAAGUCUCCCGAGAAAACGAUCAGAGGGACGAGGGGGGCGUACAGAGGCAUACCGUCUACUUCGAAAAGACCGACCGAAGAUGAAAAUGAGACGGGCUCCACGGAAAGACUGGACAGACCAAAGAAAUUCAUAUCACAGAACAAAAGCAACUAUGGGCUGGGGAAGAGGCCUGACUUCUCACUCAAGAACAGGAACGUGCAUUUAGCCUCGUCUCGGUAUGGACAGAUGACAUCAGGGCUUCACGGCCACGGGCACCAGAUCUCCCAGCCGACGGGACACCAUCUAGACUCUGCCACCGUACUCCCAGCCAAGGAGAAGACCAUACACGGGAAAGAAAAGACCUUCAAGGUGGUGGUCGGUAGUGAAGUGGGUGUUAUGAAGGCGCCUCUAGUUGGUCCAAGGCCGUAUAACGCGCUGGCGAUCAUCCAUACGCAGCAGAGUAACACCUUCGAUAUGCUCAAUUCGCUUACCACCAGUGUUGCUAGUCAGCCCGUUGUCGGAGUCGGGGUAGGGGUGGGGGGUUUUCACCGGCGGAGUUCUGGCCAGGGAACCCUCUGCGACCCCGAACUUGACGAUAGCGGGAAUAAGCUUGUCGCGAGGCUUGAGGACGACGCCUUCAUCUCCGAGCAGGAUCUGGAAGAAAAUAUCGAAAUAGCAACCGCAACGGAAAAACGAAUAUCAAAGACUGAUGCAUCUGGGGAAGAUCAACCACAGGAACCACAGAAUGGUUUAGUGUACGGUCCUAUUUAUGAGCUUGAGAAGUUGGAGCAGAAGGACAAGCAAGACAAGGAGGAUAAGGAAGAUGAAGAGGAACCCAUCGGAGUCUCGCCUUGUGGCAGGUUUUUCAAGUACGACAAGGAGGUGGGUCGCGGUUCCUUCAAGACGGUGUACCACGGACUCGACACACAGACUGGAGUCGCCGUCGCGUGGUGCGAGCUCUUGGAGAAAAAGCUGAACAAAACCGAACGCCUUCGGUUCCGCGAGGAAGCCGACAUGCUGAAGAAGCUGCAGCACCCAAACAUUGUGCGGUUUUACAACUAUUGGGAGGGUACUGUCGCUAAAAAGAAGAACAUCGUGCUCAUCACUGAACUCAUGCUUAGCGGGACUCUUAAGGCGUACCUCCGACGGUUCAAGCGAAUAAACCCGAAAGUGCUGAAGUCGUGGUGUCGUCAGAUUCUAAAAGGAUUAAACUUUCUACAUUCGAGAACUCCGCCUAUUAUACACAGAGAUCUGAAGUGCGACAACAUUUUUAUAACGGGUACAACUGGCAGCGUCAAGAUUGGAGAUCUGGGACUGGCCACACUCAAGAACAGGAGUUUCGCUAAGUCCGUUAUAGGUACUCCGGAGUUCAUGGCGCCAGAGAUGUACGAGGAGCACUACGACGAGUCUGUGGAUGUGUACGCCUUCGGUAUGUGUAUGCUGGAGAUGGCCACCGGGGAGUAUCCCUACAGCGAGUGCUCGGGGCCAGCGCAGAUAUAUAAGAAAGUCGUGUCGGGAGUAAAGCCGCAAAGUUUGGAGAAGGUCACCAUCCCUGAGGUCCGGGAUAUCAUCGAAUCCUGUAUCAAGCCCAAUAAAACUGAUAGGCCAAAAGUGAAGGAUUUGUUGAACCACGAGUUCUUCGGCGAGGACAUUGGCCUGCGGCUGGAAAUCGUCGGCAGAGACCUGGUCACCUCGUCAGAUAUCACUAAAAUACAGUUCCGAUUGAAGAUCAUCGAUCCUAAAAAACGGUCUUACACUCACAAGGAGAACGAAGCGAUCCAGUUUGAGUUCGACAUCGAGAACGAUGACUGUGAGGAAGUUGCCAACGAGAUGGCGAAGGCCGGCCUCAUCAUGGAAGAGGACGCCAGGAUCGUCUUCAAGCUGCUCAAGUCUCAGCUCAUCAGCCUUAACAGGGAGAGGAAGGAGAAGAAUUCUCAAAUGCUGAUAAUCGAACAGAACAGACAGCAAUUGUACGAGCAGCAGUUAAGGCAGCAGAUGAAGAUGAUACAGAAUCAGCAGCAAGCAGGACCUGUCGACCAGGUGACCGCGGGGCUUCUAAACGGGGUGGGGCCGCAGCCCCUCGCCGGCGUACAGCUGGAUCCUCAAUCGCAGCUCCUUCAGUGUCAGAAGCAGCUGCUCCAGCAGCAGAUCGAGCAGCUUAACAACGAGGAUGCCGCCAUGAAGCUCCUGCAACAGAACUUCAUGCAAGCUAGGAUAUCGCCCUCCAUGGCUGCCGACCAGCAGCUUUUGCAGAAUAAAGUGUUCCUCGAACAGAAUUUGAAGCAACAGGUAAUGAUGGAGCAGAAUCUCAUCAACCAGCAAAUGCUGGAACAGUCGGUCCAAGGCCAGGUCCUAAUGGAAAAGCAAGUACAACAAAACCUUCUCGAGCAAGUCCCUUCACAGACACAGUUGCAGCCGAACCUCUUGAACCAACAGCUAACCGCGGAGUUCAACACCCAGAACCAGGCGUUACAACAACAAAUCAUACAGCAACAACAAACCAUCAUAGCUCACCAAGCCGCCGCCAUACAGCAAAAUCAACUCGAAGAUCAACUCACGGUGCAAGACAAUAUCAUUGCAGGACCCCAGAAUCUCGUCACGGGCCAAAUGUUAGAUCCUUCCUUACAGAACCUGCAGAAUAUUCUAUCACAAAUCAUUCAAAGACCCGACACGCUGCAAUCCAGGAAGGAAUCGGAAUCUGAGACUCAGCAACAGCCGCAACAACAGCAACAGCAACAAAUGACACAGGAACAGGCGGAAAACGUCGUGAUGCAGCAGAAUCAGGAGCAAGAGGCGACGUUGCAGCAGAUGCAGAACUUGAUAAACUCGCAGCUGCAGCAGCAGAACGUGAACUUCCAGCACGGCCAGCAGUUCUCGCAGCCGCUGCAGCAGGCCAGCGUGGACCCGACGUACCUGGCGCAGCAGCAGCAGGUGGCGGCGGCGCAGCAGCAGGUGGUGGCGGCGCAGCAGCAGCUGGAGGCGCAGAAGCAGGCGCUCGCCCAGCAGCAGCUCGCGCUGCAGCAGCACCUCGCGCACGCGCCGCACCACGCGCGCGCGCUCGCGCCGCAGCACCACUACCUCGCGCAGCACGCGCUGCAGCUGCACGCGCAGCACGACGCGCUCGCGCACAACUGGGCCGCGCUGCUGCAGCGCCGCCAGCUGCUCGACCAGCUCGACCAGCAGCGCGCCGUCUACCGCCGCCAGGACUCCGAGCGCAGCCAGCUCGGCGCGCCCGACCAGUACGCGCAGAAGCCGCAGCUGCAGCAGCAGCUGUCGGUAGACCGCAUGCAGUAUGGCAAGCAGGGCUCCGACGACCCGUACCGGGCCGUGCCCGGCCUGCAGGGCCAGUCCCUGCCCCACAACGUGCACAUGCAGCACAACUUCAGCCUGGUACAGCAAAACGAGAGGCAGAUAUCUAGUCAUGAAGGCACCCCGGUGCAGAAUUAUUCCGCCAAUCCUUUGCAAAUGUACCAGCCGGCGCAGAGUCAGCCCGUCAUGAUGCAGAACGUGUAUCAGUCCAACCAGAUGGAGUCGUCCAUAGCUUCUUCUGCGGCGUCCAGCUUGCCGCAGCAAAUUCCGCAAUCAGUUCAGGAUUCGAUGCCGCAGCAGAUGACAGUAGCUCAGUCGAUACCGCAGUCGAUGGCGUCAGUCCCGCAAGUGGUUCAGUCGGUGCCUCAGGCAAUGUCGGCGCCUCCGCCGCUGCAGUCGGUGCCGCAGACGACGCUGGCGCUGCCCAUCCAGCAGCCACAGGUCCCGCAGCAGCAACAACAAUUACAGCCCAUGCCACAAGUACAGACCAUAAAUCCUCAAAUUCAACAAAUAUCCCAACCAGUACCUCAGUCUCAGUCACAACCUACAUCCGUUCCUCAUCAGCCCUCAGCUCCUCAGCCUCUCCAGCAACAAGUCCAGCUACCGCCGGACCUUGUGCAACAGCCUCAGCAGUUGAGCCUUCCGGCAGAACAGGUGGAGAAUGGGUACCAGAGUAACGGUGGGCAAAAGGAACAGUUCCACACUCCAUUGACGGAAUUUCCUACGAACCACGCCGACGCUAUCAAGCAACCUGAGCUCAGCUCUGUAGAGGAGAAGCAGGCGGAAGUCCAGCAACAAGAAGCGGGUACGGCCAUAUCGUCUCCAAUAACAAGCGAGAAGAAGUCCCGCGGCUCGAAGAAGCGUUCCCGGGAGAAGGACAAGCUGCCGAAGCUGACGGUACUCGAAGUGAACGAGGCUGCCACCAUGGUGGAGUGCCAGCUCGAGUCCAAGUCCAAAACCGUCACCUUCAAGUUUGACGUGACUGACGUCAAUCCUGAGGAGAUUGCUAGUAAUCUAGUGUCAAACAACUUACUCCCAGAAUGGCAGAGCGCGACGUUUAUGGAGCUGAUCAAAGAUAUCGUGAACCAGCUCAUUACCAACCCUGGAGUCACCCCCGUACUCAACCCUGCGCACCACUCUGCACUCAGGCUCAAUAUUGACAAGACUGACUACGAUUCCGAAACGACUGAACGCGAGGAAAACCUGACGGAUUCGAACCAGGACAACUCCGAGUGUACGACGCCGACCGCCAGCCACGACAAUAUUGCCGCCGAGCUCGCCUACGACCAGCCCGAGCCCGAGCCCGCCCCCGCGCAGCCGGCCCCAGCCCCAGCGCAGCCCGCCCCCGGCCCAUCCCCGCCCCACGCGCCCCACGGAGACACCGUCGCCAGGAAGAUUAGCACUGCCUCGUCUAUAGGUUCUAAUCAAUCGGACGGCGGGUCAAUGGCGCCCGAGCGUUCUGGCAGCACGGAAUCACAGAGCGGCGAAAAGAAACCACAGAAACCAACGCGGAAAAUAUCACGAUUUCUAGUCAGUCCCGUAGUCGACCGCGGGGAGAAUGUUCCAGAGGAAAAACCAAUACCCGAACCCGUGGAACUUGCGGAACCUCAAGUCAACGGCCUCCCAGAGAAAGAACCUGCCUCCCUCCCCCCACAAGAAUUUGUUCCUACGCACCAGUAUUCAGUACCACCGCAGAUUCAGCCUCCCGUCGACUUGAGGCCCGACGUCCAGUCUGUAGAAAGGCCUGUAGAAAUUAAGCAAGAUGUGCCAGUCUCCGUUACUAUGGUUCUCCCACCAAUAGUAUCUAAUAUUUCGAGCGUGCAACAAGUGCCGGCUCCAAAUGUUAUUAAUCCUAUGUUAAAUGCUUCUAAUCUUCAACCUAACCUAACGACUCCGUUGCAAAUAGCAACAGAUACCCCUCUAUUGGGGUUGAGUCAGGUUGGAACGCCUAUGGGGGUGGGAGGUGACCUCGGGUUGAAUAUGGGGUUACAAGGGGUCGGGUUGACAAUGGCGGCCCCUACACCGGGGUCCAACGAUGCGAUGCCUAAUGCUGAGAAUAUACAGAGGAUGUUAUUGAAGCAAAAUAUUAUGAAUCAGCAACAAAAUCUCUCCGGGCCCAACCUACUCGGAUUACUCAACCAGCAAUCGUACCCACAAUCAGACAUCGGCCUGCACAACACCAUACUCAAUAACACACAACCCGCACCCAUGAUGGCGGCGCGCCUGCCUCCUCAGUACCAGCAGCCCAAGUACUACCAACCGAUGCUGGCCAACGAUUUCAUUGGACUCAAUCCCCUCUUUCAAUCAUCAGCUCAGCAGCAAGCCCUCCAAUCGUCAGUGAACCAGCUGGCCAGUCAGCAGAUGACUCAGCUCGGUAUGAUGGGGCUGGCCGCGCCGCUGGCUCCUCAAGCCCUCGCCUUCCAGCAUCAAAACAUCGCCCAGAAUUUAGCACUCAACCAGAAUCUUAUGGGACAGAAUCUAGGACAGAAUUUGGGGAAUUAUACAGGUCUAGCAGGUCAAAACUUAGGAUUAGGUGGACAGAAUCUCAUUGGCAGUCAGAAUUUGGCGCUAGGUGGACAGAACUUGUCUCUGGGCGGGCAGAAUUUAGGAAUUAUUAACCAGAAUCUGGGACAGCUGGUGGCUAACCGGGCCGUGCACCAGGCGCUGGCUAGGAGGGCAGUUGAUAUGGAUAUGACAGGCAUGACUGCAGUUAACUCGACGGGUUCCUCUCAGCCGAGCACCCCGAACAAGCCGCAAUCCUACAGCGAGUACAUGCUGACCCUGCAACAUAAACUCGCCUCCAUAUCCAACAGCGGACCAGUCUCCCCUCAGUCUCCGCUGGAAUACAGCCCGGCACUGUCGCCUACACAUCGUGCGCCCUUGCAUAAUAUACCCAAGGCGGAGGGCGUGGAGGCGGGCGAGGCGAGCGAGGCGAGCGAGGCGGGCGGCGCGGCCGGGCCCAGCGCGCGGGGCACGCGCCACGCCGCCCAGCUGGCCGAGCUGGACCACGAGCUCAGCAAGAUCAGUCUGCACUACAAACAUCCGCCGCCCAAGGAUGUGUUCAUAGAACACAACACGGACGAGCAUGAAAUGCUCGCGGCGAACAUUAAUGAUAGUGCAGUCAACACGUACGAAGAGCUGGGGUCGGAAUGGGAGUCUCGGUCGACGCGGUUUCGGGUUUCCCGCGCGGCGCCCUGUCGCGGCUACGAGCUCUGCCGGCUACUGCCUACUGAACACGGUAAAGAGAAGCUAGAUCUGCUUCAAAGCCAUCCUUACCCCGAAGGCGCGUUGGACGAAGUCUCUUGCGCGGACAACAACUCCUCGUACGAAGAGGCGACGGCGGGCGAGACAUAUGUCAUCACAGACACUCGAGCGCACACGUACCUCGUGCACGAUGCUCUAGCGGACGCUGUAGCCACCAUCAUCGACCCUGGAAGGACUUCGCAAGAGAUUUGUCCGGGCCUGUCCUCUCCGGAAGAACGUCGGGCUGCGUCAGAUGGGUCCCAGAGUUCCUCGGGGUCCGACCAGGCGUACCUGAUAGUGGACCCUUGGCGCUCGCUAACCUGUGCCGUCAUCGACCGCGCGUUACGACUUACCGCUGACUCGGGGUUCACGCCUUUCCACGAAGCUAAAUACGCCGCCGAUGUCACCACUUACGUCGAUGCGGGUACGCAGAUGUCGGCUCGCGCGGAGCUGGCGCGCUGGCAGCUAGUGUCGCUGGACGGCGAGGGGGGCGCGGCGGACGGCGCGGCCGACCUGGUGCUGGCGGCGCCCCCGGCCGCGCCGGCCGGCCCCGCGCUGCCUGCCCUCGCCGCCUCCAUCGUCACGCACGAGACUCUCACCGACAAAGCGGUGUGCCGCCAGGUGGUGCUGGUGUCAGUGCAGCCGUCCCAGUUAUGACGUGUGUAGCGGAUCACCUUGUACCUUAUAUUUAUUGUAAAAUGUAAUAUAUCUAUAUCACUACUCGUAAAUAAAAUAUUCAUAUGUGAUAUCUACACCACGCACAUUUUAUUUUUCCUGUUGUUACCAUUUAUCCCUCGUC